AUGAAACCCUUGGUGAUCCUCAGUUGGCUGAUUGCCACAUCACAGACUUGUCUGCUGAAGAAUGGCAUGAGUUCCGUCUAUCUGUCCGCUUUCGAGGAUUUGAAGCCAGGUAUGAUCAUAAAUGUCAACUAAACUUUUACUACCCCCUCUUCCCUUUCCUUUCGUUUUCAAAACUGUAUGGGGCUAGAGAUUAAAAGGAAAUGAAAACGGAUAAUUGACGUCCCGCUACAUUUUUUCUUCUCUCAUUUGUAACCUAUGAAUUUCUCGACCAACGCAUACUUUCUCCCAUUUCCGGGAACCGACUUUGACUUUCUUUCUGCUCGACCGCGUUCAUCACCAAUUAUUUUGCCCGCCAGCUGAUCAUUAGUGACUAGACCGCCUCGGAUAUAGGCAUACAAUGGGCCGACACGAAAGGACCUGCUAACAAGAUUUAGUUGAGCCAAUUUGAUGUAUAUGGGGGAGACAACACAGAACAUAACGUGUCUUGUGUAGGAAAUGGGAUGAGGAUGGUGGUGGCAAGUUUAUUAUUAGCACCAAUUCUAUUUAUCCUUGAUGAUGAUGAAGAGGGACGAUGAAGAUGUUGCCAAACCAAAUCUUUGAGAUCUUGCAGGCAAUGUGAUCGGUACGCUGCCGUUCGAAUCGGACACUUCAAAGGAGACCGACGUCGAGCUGAAAGUGGUGAAGGGCGAGGAUCUGGUGGAAGUGAAGGCCGGCAGUCAUGACUUGAUUCUCAAAAAGGGAUUGGAUAGGGAUGAGGUAUAUAUAUAUAUAUAACCUGAUUAGCUCCUCUGCCGCAGUUUAACAUAUGAACAAACAUUCAUUCCGUUCCAAAGUUCAAUUGAUUCGAUGUUUGCGCAAAUCUUAUCACACAGUAUGUUCACUCUCGGCCAACCGCCUCGUGAUCAUGAAAUCUGAGCAUUUCGGCGCCCCGACAACCUUAAAUAUAGGGGGGUUGAGCAUUGCGAUGCAAAGCGAUGCGAAGCGAUGCGAAAGUCAAGUCCAAGCUCGACCCUCUCUUGUUGACCGACCAUUCUAAGUGGUUAGCGUGUAAAACAAAAGAGCACUCUUUUCCGUCCUAUUUGGGAGUGUCUAGGGGCUCGAUGCUAUGUACCUUUUUGAGACGGGCGAGGGUGAAAGACAUGGCGUUGUUACAAAUCGGAAUAUCCAAUCGGCCUACAAGUUUUAUGAUGCGUUAGUCAAUGAUGGGGGCGCCCAAAAGGCCAGGCCACAUUGAAAUUCUUCACCGUAUACAUAAUUUCAGGGAGUCGGCAAAUUUGAAGCGGUCGUCGAAUGCCGUUCCUCUAAUCUGGACGCCGAUUUCAGUCAAGUACGUUUGAUGGGAAUUGAACGUGACAGAGUAAAGGGAGAAGAAGAAGAAGAAGAAGAAGAAGCCGAAUCUGAUUUGAUCUGAUCUUAAUAUGAUAACUAUUGCAGUUGAACAUUUCUGUUUUUGUGACCGUCAAAGACGUUAAUGACAAUGCGCCAGUGUUCGAUUCGGCCGAGUACUUUGUCGACAUCAAGGAAGAAUUACCAACGGGUAAAAGCACUUACAAUUAGCAAAUUAGCAAAAGUUCGCGGCCUUUCCAGGAACAAUUGUUUUCACCGAUUUUGAAGCCACUGACAACGAUCAACCAGGGCCCAACAGUUUUGUGCAGUACUCGAUCGUGCCGGGACCGCAUGCGCAUUUUCUGGAGAUUCCGGACCCGUUCAAACCAGUCAUUACCAUCAGAGAUCGAAUCAAUUACGAGGAGAUCAAAAAGUUCUCGGUUGAAAUUGAAGCGAGGGACCAAGGAGAGCCAAGUUUGGCGUCUAAGGUGCCACUCCACGUGACCGUAAUUGAUGUGAACGACUUACUGCCCAAAUUCAAGCAUUCCUACUACACAGCGAAAUCCCAGAAGGUAUGUACAUACGCGAAAGCCAGUUCGCAACACAGAAAGCGCCCAAAAAACUAACAUUUCUCAGAAUGGCUUAUUGGUUUUUGAACCGGAGAGGAUCUCAGCACAAGAUGGCGAUCGUCUCAACGCUUCGCUGGUCUUUUCUCUGUCCGGAGGUAGGCAAAAGGCGCAUAUCAUUUCAUACCUCAUGUUGCGUGCCUUAUGCGGCAAAUGCAAAGCGAUGAGGAGAAAAAGAGGGAGAAAGAGAGACACACAGAAAAAAAAACAUGUGACGACAAUGUUCUGUACGUCGGGAUUUGAUAAAACAUGAGUGAACAUUUGCAGAACUUUCGGAACACUUCACCAUUGACAACGACGGAAGCGUCCGCUCGAUUAGCCCCGAUCCUCCAAAACGAGCCACUUUCUUUGUGACGGUAUGUUUGAUUUUGGCAAUGAUUUUUUGGUUCAUUGAAUCCACUUUUGUCGAAAUAUAUGCACAUACCAAGACCGUUCAGUUUGGGCAGUUUUUGUCGCAAUCGUUUCAAUGAAUGCGAAUAAAAAUACAAAUCAAACGGGUCGUCGACCUUGGGUCUAAUGGCGCCAGUAUAGCGCGGAGGAGCGGCGGCAACGUCUAAAAAGUGCACUGGUGCCUUAAUUGAAAGCGUUGAAAAACAGAGGAAAAAUGGGGGUAAUAUAUGAGUUCAAUCAGGACCUGAUGUGAUGUACGGCAGUUAUACAUAACCUACACAAGAACCUUGGCUUUGUUGGGAUAGGCUUUUGUUGUUUUUCAGGCAGCCGAAAAAGAUGAUCCCGAAAGAAACAGCACAUCGAUACUGUCAAUCAGACUGCAACCUUCUCUGGCUUUCCAGCAUAACACCUAUUCCACUAUGGUUUGAGAAAAAGUUCUAGAAAUUUCCGAGAAAAUUAUUCGAUUUUAGAUUUCACCAUCAACACCACUUGGAUCAACAGUGGUGACUGUGACAGCCAAUUCGGAAAAUGUGAGAAAUCUUCAAAAAAUAUCAAGUAUUGUUGCAUUCCGUAUUCAGAACGCUUCCUUGACCUACUCCCUUCUGGCUGAUACCAAUACUGUGUCAAUUGAUGAAGUUUCCGGAAACGUGGUGCUCAGAAAGAAACUGGAGAAGCCGGAAACGUUGAACGUUACUGCUAGCGAUGGAGAGACGGUAACUUUGUCUUUGACCGAAAAUUAACCUAUUUUCACCCUUUGCAGGUCGUCUCAACUACCCUGCACUUAAUGACGGCCAAUUCCGAAGAAUCGUGCCGGUCUCCUAUCAAAUUUGAAAAGUUCGAGUACAAAAUGACAAUUGGAAAGUUGAAUGUGCUGGGCGUUGUGAAUGCCACAUCCAGAUCUGGAAAUAAGCUGAAUUAUAUUCUGAUGAACAUGAAUAAGUAAGUGAUGAGAAGUAGUUUAUCAAUAACCAGUCAAACUUCAGUGAAUUCGAAGUGGAUACCAAUGGAGUUGUGAAAAUUCUUCCGAAAGCUCAUCUGCAGUGUAAAGUUUGCGAGCUGAUUGUGGUGGCAAAGGACGGAACACAAAUGGCCAUCACAAAAGUGAGAGAGGACCUUUCGAACUUUGUUUGCAUGUAACAUUUUCAGGUAAACGUGGAUAAUCCGGCGUUCGUUUUGCAUUCGGCCACUGCAUUCACACUCCUCAUUCUCAUCAUUCUUUGUUUGAUCUUCGCCAUGCUCGCCAUCAUGGUUUGUCGGCGAUUUUGUGAGAAAUGGAAGAGAGGCAACCGGAGAUCGAGCAUUUGUUGGCUCAAUGGGACUACCGAUACGGGGAUUUCGAUAACGACCACCACGCCGACAACUACGACGCGGUAAGCUCGACAGAAUUGAGCAAAACUUUUCAAGUUGUUGGGUUUAGGUACGUGGUUAACAGUGACAAAGAUCGGUGUUACGAAUCCAAGUCUCCUGGCCCGAAACGAGCCCAAGGCGCUCAUCUGGUGCCGGUGACCGUCACUUCUCAUGAUGGAUCCACACCUACCGUAUACUUCUAA